AUGGAUGAUAGAAAUGGUGAUUUUGUUCCUGAUUCUGGAUUCGGGGGCCACUCGGGAGCUGCCAUGGACUUGGAUUUCAUGGAUGAGCUCUUGUAUGAUGGAUGCUGGUUGGAGACUGCCGAUGAGUUCGAGUUUUUCCAGGCUGGUACCUCAGCCUCGGGUGAUCUAAAUGACCCUAAGCAGUAUUUUCCUCUUUUCGAGUCUAACAGUGGUAAUUCGAAUGUAAAUCCUCGUCAACAGAACUAUCAAGUUGCAACAGAAGAGAACUUUCGUGAGAACCCACUUAUUGGUAAUUCCAAAAUAGAGGAAAUUGGUGUGAUAGGAUCCCAAGACCAGGAUAUUCAACCGGCUACCAUAUCUUUAGUACAAUCCGGAAGUUUUCCAGUUGAGAGCAAUGACUUGGGUAGAAGAGUCUGGAUUGCACCAACUGCAAAUGCGGGAGCAUCUUCUUCGGUAAGAGAGAGAUUGAUCCAAGCUAUAGAACAGGUGAAAGAUUGCACCAAGGAUAGGGAUGUCCUGAUUCAGAUAUGGGUGCCGAUAAAGAAAGAAGGCAAGCAUGUCCUUACCACUAUUGAUCAGCCAUACUUGUUUGAUCCUAAAUGCCAGAGUCUUGCGAGUUACAGAAAUGUUUCACAAACCUUUCAUUUCCCAGCAGACGAGGAUUCCAAAGAUUUCGUUGGUUUGCCUGGCCGAGUUUUCUUGAGGAAGCUGCCUGAGUGGACUCCAGAUGUUGGUUACUUCAGCAGGGUUGAGUAUCCACGUAAAAUGCUUGCAAAGCAAUUCAAUAUUAGAGGAUCCUUUGCGGUUCCUGUUUUUGAACAGGGAAGCAGGACUUGUUUGGGGGUUAUUGAGGUUGUCACGACCACUCGAGACAUCAGUUAUCGUCCAGACCUAGAAAACGUCUGCAAAGCUCUUGAGGCUGUUGAUCUUAGGAGCCCGCAAGACUUCUGCCCUCCAAGUGUGAAGGUUUGCGAAGAGUUUUGCCAAGCUGCCGUUCCUGAGAUAUCAGAGAUUUUGGAGUCUGUUUGUAAGGCACAUAGAAUACCUUUAGCACUAACAUGGGCCCUAUGUUUCCAGCAAGGUAAAGGUGGAUGCCGGCAUUUUGAUGAGAACUAUUCUCAUUGUAUUUCUAUGGUGAAUUCUGCUUACUUUGUAGCUGAGACAGACGACUUUGGGUUCUAUAUGGCAUGUUCCGAGCAAUACCUUUCCUUUGGUCAAGGGAUUGUUGGGAGAGCAUUUGCAACAAACAAACAGUGUUUUUCGACUGAUGUAGCAGUGUUGAGCAAGACAUAUUAUCCUCUCUCUCACCAUGCUAAGUUGUUUGAGUUCCAUGCUGCCAUAGCAAUUCCAGUACAAAGCACGCAUGCAGGAUCGGUUGAUUUUGUCUUGGAGUUAUUCUUGCCAAAGGAUUGUCGUAACACUGAAGAACAAAAACAAAUGUGGGAUGUAUUGCCUAUCACUGUACAACAGGCUUGUCGGAGUUUGCAUGUUGUCAUGGACAAGGAGCUUGAGGAAACUGUCAACAAGAAAAUGGCAGUUGCUUCAGUAGAGAGAUUUAAUAAAGAUGAAAUUCAGAUAUUUGCAUCUUCUUUGUUCAAAGAAUCCUCUGAAGUAGAAUCAUCCUGGAUUGCUCGUAUGGCAGAGGCUCAAAAGAAAAAGGAACCUAAAGAAGAGUUCAAAGUGACCUCCCACUGGGGUAAGACUCAGGAUGAAUUGUACCACAAGCAGGCAUUUACAGAGUUUGAGCAAUUUCAGCAAAAUUCUGGACCCAAAGUUAGUAAUGACACUGUUAUAGAUUCUUCUGCUGCUGGGCGUCACUCAUUAGGUGUUAAAAAAUUAGGUGACAAGAGACGGACCAAGACGGAGAAGACAAUAAGCUUGGAAGUUCUUCGAAAUUACUUUGCAGGAAGCCUCAAAGAUGCUGCGAAGAGUAUUGGCGUGUGCCCCACCACUCUGAAAAGAAUAUGCAGGCAACAUGGCAUUGCCCGUUGGCCCUCUCGAAAGAUUAAGAAGGUUGGCCACUCGUUGAAGAAACUUCAACUUGUGAUUGACUCAGUACAAGGUGCUGAGGGUGCCAUUCAAAUCGGUUCCUUCUACACAACUUUCCCAGAAUUGACCUCUCCAAAUUUUUCUGCUAAUGGUGCUUUUCCAUCAAUCAAGACAAAUGACGAUUCCAAUAAAUUAAACCCUCACCCUCAGAGUGGCAUAUUUAAUGCUGCAGCUAGUGCUUCAAAAUCCCCAUCCUCAUCAUGUAGUCAGAGCUCUGGAUCAAGUAUCUGUUGUUCCACUGGAGUAAAGCAACACGCAACCACCAAUAAUGGCUCAGUUAGUGGCAAUCCAUUAUUGGUAGAGGAUCCUGGUGGUGUGCUUAAGAGAACACACAGUGAUGCUGAAUUGCAUGCCUUGAAUCGUGAUGAACCAAAGCUUCUUGUAAGAUCUCAAAGCCACAAAACAUUUGGUGAACUUCCAAAUCCAGAGACUUUGCCGUCCCUUCCGAAAACUACCAGCCGGAUUAUACGUGAUGGGGGUGGCUGUAGAGUGAAGGCCACUUUUGGUGCUGACAAAAUCCGGUUCACCUUGCAACAAAACUGGGGUUUCGGGCGCUUGCAACAAGAGAUUGCAAGGCGUUUUAAUAUUGACGAUAUCUCUAGAAUUGAUCUCAAGUAUUUGGAUGACGACCAAGACUGGGUUCUUUUGACAUGUGAUGCUGACCUUGAGGAGUGUAGAGAUGUCCAUAAAUUGUCUGAGAACCACACAAUCAAAAUAUCCCUUCAUCAACCUUCUCAACCACAUCUAGGAAGUUCGUUUGGAUCUGGAGGGCCACAUCUGGGAAGUUCAUUGGGAGCUGGAGGGCCCUUCUAA